UGGUCAUACUGAUUUUUUGUGACCGCUUUGCAUCUUACGUGACAUUCCUUAUCGCAACAAAAUAAAAAUAUCUAAAAUGUCAACAUCAACGAUACGAAAAUACAGCGCUUCUGUUAUAUUUUUUCACGGCUCUGGUGAUACUGGACAAAAUUUACUAGAAUGGGUCCGGUUCUUAUUAGGCCGAGAUUUUAACCUCGCCCAUGUAAAAAUUAUAUAUCCAACUGCUCCAAUGCAAAAGUACACUCCUUUAAAUGGACAGCUUUCCACUGUGUGGUUCGAUCGACGAUCGGUAAAUAUUGCAGCGCUGGAAAGUAAGAAGAGCAUGUCCCAAUGUUAUGAUAUCGUACACCAACUCAUCCAGAAUGAAGUAGACCACGGCAUCCCGUUGAAUCGCAUAAUUGUCGGUGGUUUCUCAAUGGGCGGCGCUUUAGCCUUGCAUACAUGUUACCACCUAAAUACUGGUUUAGCUGGUGUAUUUGCACACUCAUCGUUCCUUAAUCGUAAAUCUGUGGUCUAUGAAUCCCUGGAAAAUCAAAAGGCUCCAACAAACACGCUUCCUGAACUUCUUAUGCUCCACGGAGAGCGCGAUACAUUAGUUCCCCUUGAAUGGGGGCUAGAAACAUUUGAAUCAUUACAAAAACUGGGCAUAGUAGGCACAUUCACCCCCUUAAAAAACACAUUGCACGAGCUAAAGAAACGCUCGCUGCUUGAUUUGGAGGAUUGGAUAUUGAAAAAGUUGCCGCCUUUAAGUAUGGACAUUUCUAAUAAACUUUGAUUGACUCCCAAA